AGGAUGCGUAUCCGUGUAAACAAACAUAUUUCUAGAUCGGACGUAUCAUCUCGGGCCAGGAACUUCAGGCAUCAAAUAAUAAACGGUCUUGGUCGUUGACUAGACCGUUGGCUGGCCGGUGACAGUUUUGAUCGCGAUAAUACCGCGUGGGGGGCACAUACCCUAUGGCACCGAAUGGGCACACGGCCUCGGAUGGCCGUAAGCGAGUUCUCGUUGUCGGGGCUGGCGCUGCCGGCAUGUCCACGGCGUACCAUUUGUCGCAGCACCCGGACAAGUUCGACGUAACACUUAUCGACGCCGCCGACUACUGCGGUGGUCAAGCGUUCUCGAUCCCUCUCGAUGAGAGUUGCCACGGAGCAUCCUGGUGCAACCAGGGAGUCCAGGGCGGCUCCUAUGUCUUCCACCAUACUCUGACCAUGUUCCAUCGCCAGGGCUUUCGCGCCGACCCUGUCAACCUCCAGGUUUCCUUUGGGAAAGGGGACACCUUCUGGACCAAUGUGUACCCAACCCAGCUAUUGGUCCAUCAUCAGAAGCAGGUCAGGCGACUUCCUAUGGUGCUCAAGGCGAUGCGCUGGUUCGAGUUAUUCUUUGCUAUACUUCCUCUCAGGUUCGUGCUGAAACUGUUCGGAUUCUCCAAAGAUUUCAUCAACACGGUCGCGCUACCUAUGACGGCGCUGUUCCUGGGGACCGGAAACGCCACCCCUGAGGUCCCGGCGGUCAUGUUCGAACGGCUCUGCACGUCGCCGACGUACGGAAUGUGGUAUGAGCUCGAUAAGAACACCGUCCUCAGCAGUAGGCCACCCAUGGUUGCCUUUCCCAAUCUGUCUCAAUUCUAUGAUACGUGGAGGGGCGAUCUCGAGAGGCGUGGCGUGUCAAUCCGUCUAUCGACGGAACUCAUUGAGAUUGUUCGUCGAAACAAGCACGGAGUGGUUGUCAGGCUUCAAACAGGGACUGUCGUGCCUGAUGGACGCAGCCAGUCGGGCGGCGAUCCCGAUUCUCCAAUCAGCGAAGAGGUCUACGACGAGAUAGUGCUAUGUUGUCUCGCAGACGCUGCGAAGAAGGUCCUCGGCCGGGAGGCGACUUGGAGAGAGAAGACGGUGCUCGGGUCCGCCAAGUUCAGCGACGACGUCACGAUCACUCACACCGACGCCGAGUACAUGGAAAGGCACUACGAGAAUUUCUACAGGGAGGAUCUAGCCGUGGCUGAGAUCAACGGCGUUGACUACGCGCCACGUCUUGAGUAUGCGACCGAGCACUUCUGCCCAAUGUACUACAUCAAAUCGUACGAGGAGGACGGGUCGAAGCUCGAAAUGUCUUUUGACACUACCAAUUACCAGAGCCAGUUUCCCGACAGGAUGCCUUUCCAGCAGCACGUAUUCCAGACCAUCUACCUCAACAAGACCCGUGACCGGAAACUGUGGAAGAAGGAUGAUAUUCGUCGCGAUAAAAUUAUCCGCGAGGACUGGUGGCAUCAACUCUGCCACACCUAUACUCACUAUCUCUUCGUCGUCCCGUGGAUGCGGUUCCUCCAGGCUAGGAAUCACACCCGAUUUGCAGCGUCGUGGACCCUGGUCAAUGCACACGAAGUCGCAAUGGUUUCAGGCAUAGCAGCUGCUGUCGACUUGGGGGCCGAGUACCCCGAGGACCUUGAGAAUGAUGGCUUUGCAUUCCUGUGCUUCCGGCUCUACUAUCUCCUCGCCUAUGGAAAGUGGUACAGGCGUCGGUUCACUGGGGACCAGAGGGGGUCCGCCACUCCGGCUGCAAGGGAGGGCUACGGAUGGGGGACCGGUGUGUCCGGCAGCGUAUACGAAGGUCCGGGUGUAUCGACCGCUGAAGGAGAGACGUGGAGGGAGGAGCGCGAGAGCGGCGCAAGCACCAACGACCUAGCCAAUGCAAGACGGAGAACAACACACCAGAGUGCAUGA